UAUUAAAUGCAGCAGCUGGGGAAACCCACCCACCCCUCCGAAAACACCCCUAAGAAAAAAAAAUCCGACUAUUCCAUCUCUCCUCUCUCUUCAAACAAAAUGAAAACCCCCACUUCCCUUCUCUCAAAAUGUCUGCCAACACUUCUACCACUGUUUCCGCCACCACCGGUGCCGGUACCCGUGGUGGUGGUGGUGGUGGUGGUGGAAGUCUCGGGUACUUCCUUCAGAACCUAAGCAACAUUGGUCUUGGUUAUGCUAUCGCUAUUGCUUUAGGGUUUCUUGUCCUCCUAUCCACCGUCCUCCUCGCCUCCUACGUUUGCUGCCGAUCCUCUCGCAAUCGCUCCCGCUCUUCAGACCCGGAAAACCCCGGCUCUAACCCUGACUCUUCACACUCUAAUGGCAUCAUCCUUCCCCGCAUAAUCUUUGUUGCAGAAGACGACGACGACGACAGCAGAGAUGACGACAGCCUCGUCGUGGGGCUGAACCAGGCCGUUAUCAAUUCGUACCCUAAGUUCCCAUUUUGCAAGUCAAAGGAUCGAGGUGACUCCGUUUGUUCAAUUUGCCUCUGCGAUUACAAGGAUGGCGAGAUGCUGAGGAUGAUGCCAGACUGUCACCAUUUCUUCCAUCUUUGUUGCAUUGAUGCUUGGUUGAGGCUCAAUGCUUCCUGCCCUGUCUGUCGCAAUUCGCCGUUUCCGACCCCGCUGUCGACGCCGCUGUCGGAGCUUGUGCCGCUAUCGCAAUAUCCGGGGAACCGGAGGAGGUGACCCUUUUUGUGCCCUGGGAUGUAUUGUUGUUCAUCUUGUCUUCGAAUGUCUGUUCAUUGCAUGUAAAUUUUUUAGCAGUAGGUGCUUAAAGAUUAAAAAGCUUCAAUUUUCCUCCUUUCUAGUUUUUUUUUUCUUUUUUUUCUGGGGAUUAUGAAGAUGUUCUUGUUGCUGAUUUAUGAAGAUGCAGAGAUGAUGUUUUUGUUUUUCUUUUCUUGGGAUUUGAUUUUACUUCACUACAGAUUGACUGAAUUUCAUGUUCUAAUACCUACUUGAAUGAUCAGAAAGAAAGACUUCCAAUACCUA